UCGCCUUCACUUCCGGUCUGUGACGCGUGCAGCUGGGGAGUGGGCUGAAAAACUUGUGGCACUGCUGGAUCUUAACAAACAGCUGCACAACUUGAGCUCUGCACUGCAGGAUUGUUCGAGAAGUCGCGGUUUAGUGUUUGUGGUGUUUAUCACAGACUGUGUGCGUCCAUUCUACAAAAAGUCAGUGGAGGAGAUCAAACUCAUCAGAUUCACCUGCAGCUUCAUCAUGGCUGAUUCACAAGGAUCCAGAGGUGGAGAUUUUUCUGCAGGAUGCAGCCAUGACUCUAAACUUGCUGAAGUCCUCAACACAUUGAAAUCAAAUCUGAGGAAGAAGUUUGAGUGUUUGUAUGAGGGAAUAUCAAAGCAGGGAAACACAACACUCCUGAAUAAAAUCUACACAGAGCUCUACAUCACAGAAAGUGAAACUGGAGAGAUCAAUAAUGAGCAUGAGGUGAGACAGAUUGAGACACAGUCCAGGAGAUUAGAAACAAAGGACACACCGAUCAAAUGCAAUGACAUCUUUAGACCUUUACCUGGACAAGACAAACCCAUCAAAACUGUGCUGACAAAGGGAGUUGCUGGCAUUGAAAAAAAAGUCUCUGUGCAGAAGUUCAUCCUGGACUGGGCUGAAGGGAAAGAGAAUCAGGACAUCCAGUUCAUAUUUCCACUUCCUUUCAGAGAGCUUAACUUGAUGAAGGACAAAACACUCAGUCUUUCUGAUCUUCUUCAUGUCUAUUUCCCUGAAACAAAAGAAAUGGAAAUAUCCAAUGACAAAUGUAAAGUGUUGUUCAUCUUUGAUGGUCUGGAUGAGUGUCGUCUGUCUCUGGAUUUUCGGAGCGAUGUGAGGUUGUGUGAUGUGACUGAAUCAGCCUCAGUGGGCGUGCUGCUGAUGAACCUCAUUGUGGGGAAUCUGCUUCCCUCUGCUCUCAUCUGGAUCACCUCCAGACCAGCAGCAGCUGAUCUCGUCCCCUCUGAGUGUGUCCAUCGAGUGACAGAGGUACGAGGAUUCAGUGACCCACAGAAGAAGGAAUACUUCAGGAAGAGAAUCAGUGAUCAGAGUCUGGCCGACAGGAUCAUCUCACACCUGAAGUCAUCAAGGAGCCUCUUUGCUAUGUGUCAAAUCCCAAUGUUCUGUUGUAUCACAGCCACUGUUCUAGAGAAGAUGUUGAGUGAAGCAGCGAGUGGAGAGAUUCCCAAGACUCUCACUGAAAUGUACACACACUUCCUGAUCCUUCAGACCAACAUCAAAUAUGAGAAGGACAAUGAGAAGAAACUAAAAGAUAAAGACAUGAUCUUAAAACUGGGGAAACUGGCUUAUCAGCAGCUUGUGAAAGGAAACCUGAUCUUCUGUGAGGAAGACCUGAUAGAGUGUGGCAUUGAUAUGACAGAAGCAUCAGUGUACUCAGGAUUGUGCCCUCAGAUCUUCAGAGAGGAGUUGGGCUUGUAUCAGGGGAAAGUCUUCUGCUUUGGUCAUCUGAGCAUUCAGGAACAUCUAGCAGCUCUAUAUGUGCAUCUCUCCUUCAUAAACAAUAACAUCAAUGUGUUUGACCAGAACACCAGAGUUUCACUAUCUGAUCUCCAUCAGAGAGCUGUGGAUGAGGCUUUAGACAGCAAAAAUGGGCAUCUGGAUCUUUUCCUUCGUUUCCUUCUGGGUCUGUCAGUGAAUUCUAAUCAGAGUCUCUUACAGGAACUAAUGACACAGACAGGAAACCGCUCUCACAACAAUGAGAAAACUGUUCCCUAUAUUAAAAAGAAGAUCAGUGAGAAUCAUUCUCCAGAUAAAUACAUCAAUCUGUUUCACUGUCUGGAUGAACUGGGUGAUCUUUCACUUGUGAAUGAAACUUUCCGUAAUUUGGGCUAUGGAGGAUUGAGUAAAGUGAAACGUUCCUCAUCUCAGUGGUCAGCUGUAGUUUUUGUGUUGUUGACCUCAGAGUGGGGAAAGUAUCAGCUUGAGCUGAACAGAUUAAUUGGAGAAAAAAAUAAUUACGCAUUUGUCAACGUGAAUGCAGAAAAUACACCAGAUGAAGUCCUUCAGAAGAUGCUGCCUGUGGUUACAGCAACUAGAUCAGUUGUGUUGAGUAAUUGUGGUAUCACAGCUGAAGGUUGUGCUGCUCUGGCUUCAGCUCUGAGAUCAACUGCCUCACUCCUGAGAGAUCUGGAUCUGAAUUUUAAUAAUAUAGGAGACUCAGGAGUGAAGAUGCUCUCUGCUGGACUGGAGAAUUCUUACUGUAAACUGGAGACCUUGAGGUUGAGACAGUGUGGUGUCACUGAUGAAAGUUGUGCUGCUCUGGCUUCAGCUCUGAGAUCAAACCCCUCAAACCUAAGAAAACUAAAACUGACUGAGAAUAAACUUGGAGACUCAGGAGUGAAGCUACUCUCUGCUGGACUGAAGAGUCCUCACUGUAAACUGGAGGCACUGAAGUUGAAGGAUUGUGGUGUCACAGAAGAAGGUUGUGCUGCUCUGGCUUCAGCUCUGACAUCAAACCCCUCACACCUGAAAGAACUGGGUCUGGAUGGGAAUAAUAUAGGAAACUCAGGAGUGAAGCUGCUUUCUGCUGUACUGGAGAUCCCUCACUUUAAAUUAGAGAAUUUGAGGUUGAUGGAUUGUGGUAUCACAGAAGAAGGUUGUGUUGCUCUGGCUUCAGCUCUGAGAUCAAACCCCUCACACCUGAGAGUACUGGUUCUGGAAGGGAAUAAACUAGGAAACUCAGGAGUGGAGCUGCUCUCUGAACUGAAGAAUAAUCCACAUUAUAAAUUGCAGCUACUAUGGUAA